GAAGGUGCGUUAUCACUGCGAAUAUUUGUGUCUGCUCCGGGACACGGCAAACUCAAGCAUUGGUCUUCCCGGACCGGAUCGGAAACCCGGCCUUGCUGUAGAGUCGAAGGGCAUGUUUACCACUUUCAUCGGUCUAAUUGAUAUUCAAUCAUGGUGGGAGGUGCCCUGCAUUGCGCACUUUUGUUCGCUGUUUAGUGCCGCCUUCCAGCUGCCGAGAUUUGACAUUGAGGAUCUCGAAGAAGCCCUUCUCACCAAUGCCGAUGCCGAGGGUGAGGUGGAUCUGAAAGUGUACUCCGCGCGCCUGCUGCCGGAACUGAUCGUAGCACUAUUGAAGGGCUGUGACGUGCUAGCACAGAUCAGUUCCAACAUCAGCCCGAGCAACUAUCAGAUGUUCCUGAGGCGUCUGUUUCGCCAAAAAUGUCAGGAAUAUAAUGUUGAAAAUCCUUUCAACACUGAUACGGAUUUCGAGAAGCUGCCACUGCGCACCAAGAUCCUGAUACUAAAGUACCUGUGUGACUUCCGACUCGAUUCCGAAGACGUGUGCAACACCUUCGCCGGCUACGAAGCGGACAGUAUCCGGCUGGAACCGAUUGGAUACGAUCGAAACGGAUCGUCCUACUGGCACUUUUUCGGAACCCGCCUAUACCGGGAGGAUUACAACAGCGGCGGCAAAUCGAAGCUUUCCAAGGGGACAGUCUGGCAGGUGAUCUGCUUCACUGAGGAAGAUUGGCGCAACUUGGCACAAAAGCUCGACAACUCCACCAGCCACAAAGAACGGGAUCUACACGCGCUGCUGGUGGAAAACUUUCUGCCACUAAUUCCGAAGCUAUUUCGCGACAAGGAACGAGAACGGCGUAGCAGACUCUUUGAGCGGCCUCGAUCAUCGCGCAUAAGAAUCCUGCAGGAUAAGGAAAGAGUCCUACGCGAGCAAGAACAGUUGAAAAGGCAACAGGAAGAGCAAGAGCAACUGGAAAAGCAACAAUCCCAAAGGCAGAACGUCCAAGGGGAAGAUACCGAUCGGAACGCAACCUCGCCAGUGCCGCAAAGGGAACUGCUAUCGGAAGCGCGUGCGAAACGGGCCGAACGACGAUCUCGAUCCAAUUCCGUCACAAGUAUAGUUUCAACCUACGCUAGCUCAUCAGACGGGCCACCAGAACUCACGCGUGAUUUUAUUUUUCAGCCAAUAGAAGAAGCAAGCGCAUACCGUAGCAAAGCAAAACCUAGCCCAUACCUUUAUCGCAGCACUUCUAAUUUCGGAAGUUCCACCUCCCCGUCAGUAGUAGGUUCACCCUCCUCGAGAGGUUCGCACGGUAGUAAUAGUGGAUUGGAGAGUGGAGGCAGUCGGUAUCAUCGCGCGACCAGCUCCGUUAGCGGUCGUUCGGGAAGUUUGGACGAAGACGACGACGACGGUGCACUGCUAAGGCGGGAAGACAUAGAAGCACUAAGCGAUUCGUACUACAUUGCCACCCGCCGAGAGGAGGACGAAGACAGUGAGAGCGUCGAUAGCUUCAACGGCGACGCGGAAGUGGAAAAUAACAUCAACAACGGAAACACCGACACGACCAGACCGCUUCCACCCCUGCACGUGCCAGUGAAUGAGCAUCUAGAGCCGGUAAAAGAAACAGCAAGCAAGCAGAUUCGUGAUAAAAAGCAACGCCCUGCAAGGUUGGUUAGUGCCGAGGUGGAAAAAUUACUACGCGCCAACCGCAUCAUGGCUCCGACCGCGACGAAGUUGCCCGGUCGGCAAACAAACAACUCGCUCUCGUCCGUCACCGGGCCGGUCAUACUGCCGUUCAGCGAUGCCACUUCAACCAACGCACCUCCAACGGGUAAGGGAAGCAGCACCGCUGGUACUGCGGGUGGAAGCAGCAGCAGUUCCAGUGGCACCGGGAAGGCGGGUGAUUCUGCCGCUGCAAGUGGUGGAAACUCCGGGCGAAAAAAGAAAGGCAAAUCUGCGCAGGUUACCACCAGCGUUACCAACAGUUUCACCAAACCGAUCGUGCCCGCCUCAACUCUCCUAUCGUCGUCUCUUAGCUUUACCGAAACGGACGAAGUGCUGCAGAUCGGCAUGCACAAGGUGCUGGAAUGCAUCAAGAACCACGACGAUGCGUGGCCAUUCAUGGAUCCGGUUGAUGAAGAUAUCGCACCGCGGUAUUACUCCAUCAUUCGAAGGCCCAUGGAUCUGCAGAAAAUGGAAGAAAAGCUGGAUAAUGGGGAGUACACCAUGUUCGGUGAUUUCCAGAACGAUUUCAAGCUCAUCGUUAACAACUGUCGGCUAUACAAUGGUCAGGCGAAUGAGUACACGGAGAUGGUCAACAAUCUGCAGAUCGCAUUCGAUCGUGCGCGGAAGAAGUACUUCGACGAAAGUUCAUCGGACGAAGAGCCGAUGAGUCACGAGUAUCCCGACGUCAGCCGGUCGAACGCCGCCUUCAAGGACAAAUCUGCCUCAUGCCUGAACGCCUCCAAGGAUGAUGCUGCGAACGGAGCGAGCGGCCGAAAAAGCGACAGUGCCGGUGGUGGCGCAAAGGAAAAGACGAAGAAGGGGGGCGGCACGACGACGACGACGACUGUGUGUUCCAAAGAUAGUGACGACACCUCUGCCAGUGGCAGGGGGUCCACGAAGGAAACGACCAAAUCGAAAACAGUGAAGGGUGGAAGUGUUCCGAACACGUUGUCGGACCGAAAGGACGUGAAAAACGCCACAAGCAGUGAAAAGAAGCAACCAGUGACCAGUGGUGGUGGUAGGAAACAGAAAACGCUUAAACAAACAGACCUCGGGUCGGACCCGGAGCCGGAUCCGGAACCGCCGGAAAAGAAGGACAACAGUAGUGUGUCGAGGACGAACAAAAACUUAAAACGGAAGCGCAAAGAGAAAGACAAAGGUGGCAAAGUGAAGGGAAAGAAACAGAAAAUGGAACCUAGUGAUCACAGUGACAUGGAAGAUGAUGACGAGGAUGGUGAGGGUGGCUGGUCGGGGGUAAAAAAGGAAUCGUUGAAGGAGGAACAUGAGGAACCGGACCCGGAAUGGAAUGGUCCGGAUCGAAAGCGGUACAAAACGUCGGUGGCAUUGGAUCCACCGGAUCGGAUGGACGAAGACGAUGAAGUUAUGAAGUGUGGGGACGUGGGCGUAGUGAAAGACGAAGUGGAAGAGAAGGAGGACGAAGCAGAAGAAGAAGAGCAGGAGUAUCCGGUGUACGAGAGCAAGAAGAAAGCCGCUAUCAAAGCACUCCAGCGGCAGGAAAGGGAGAAAAAGAAAAACAGUUCCAAGGGGAAGAAAGAAGAGAAGAAAAUAAAGUCCUUGCCUGUUGGCGGCAAAGGUGGUAAGAGUAGUGUAGCUGUGCCGCCGAAAAGGGAAAGCUUUUCCCCGACCGAACGGCGUUCGCGUUCGCGCUCUCUAAGUCCGGUGCCGCAUUCCUCCUCCGACCAGUCGAAUCUAAACGAAUCACUCCUCACUUCUCCGAGCGGUAAACGGGGACGGUCGUUCAGUCCAAAGAAGAAGAAUGUCAGCCGGGACGCUUCGGUAGGGGAGGAGGAAGGGUCUUCGUCCGCGAAGAAACCGGUCGGUAGUAAGUCUACCUCCAAGAAGGGCAAAGACAAGCACAACGAAAUGGAAGAGAAAAGGGACAAAAAAGCAUCCCCCAAAGCUGCUGCCUCUGCGCGAUUGGAGAAAAAAUCCAAAUCAAAAGCGACCACAACAACAGUGUCACCAGCGAAAGGAGGAGGUGGUGGUAAGGGAGCAGGACGGCAGCAAAAGGCGAGCAGUAAACGGAAAACUACCGCUGUCCCGUUGGAACCGGAGUAUGACUCGGAACACGAUCAUCAUGGUCCCGCCAACGGAAUGGACGUCAGUGACUUUGAGGACUACGAUGAUCCGCCCGCAAAGGAUACGAGCAUCGAGGAGGAAGACGAAGAGGAGGAGCGUGAGGAGAAGAUUGUCGACCGAUCGUCGUCGUUGGUGGGUAAAAAACCCGACAAAUCGAAGGGCAAAAAGAGUAGCAAAAGCAGCAAGAAAGCCAACGCACCGCACGACGACGAAGAUGAGCAUCACCGGGGCAAAAAGGGCAGCAAGAGCAAGCAGAAGGGAAAGGACAAAAAGCUGGACAAGAAGGCCCAUAAGCGGGAUAAAAGCGGUAAGGGGAAGAAGAAAUCCAAGGCCAAUGUGCGAGUUGAGGAUCGCGGAUCGCUAUCGAGUGGUGCCGAGGAUGAGCCUCCGGUGGAUGAAGAGCGAGGGUCAAAAGGUGGUAGUGUCUCGAAGGCAGCGACCAAGCAGCCGGAGAAUCGGAACAUCUCCCCCCAAGCGUCGCGAUCACCAAGUCCUUUGGGUUCGUACUACUCGGACGAUGAAGGAACAGAGGAGCGAGCAGCUGAAACAAGACGAGAAGACGAACUGACCAACCGCUCCAUCACGCCCGAUAUCAAAGACAAGUUUGAUCUCAUCAAGGAGCGUCGUAAUCGGGCGGCAGCGGCAGCAGCUGCGGCAGCGGAAAGCAAGGCGAAAGCCAAGCAGACCAAAGCGGCAGCGGCGGCGGCGCGUCGGGGGAAGGAGGAAGCCAGCAGCGGCGGCCGUAAGAGCAAGCAGUCAAAGGCAGCGGCGAACACGGGAAGUCGCAAUAACCAGAAGCAGAAGCAUGAAUCUCCCUCGGAAGACGGGGGCGAGGCUGGGCAAAAGCAGCCGAAAAAACACCAUAACAAUCAGCAAAAGCAGCAGAAAGAGUUGCUUCUGGAUCAGGAGAACGAAAAACCUGCCACCGGUUCCGGGGGAAAAGGUAAAAAGAAGCGCGACAAGUCGAACGGUGAAACGUCGUCAGCGGUACGAAGUAAAGCUUCAUCGGCCCGCCCGGUAACUGAUUCGACGAUGGACGGUGCCGACGGUGAGCCAGCAGCAGCAGUAGCUCGAAGUGGAAGCAAACAUUCGAAAAAGGUCGAUCGAAGCAACGAGUACGACUUUAUUGACGAAAGUGUCCCACCCGGUAGCGGCGGGGGUAAGUCCGGCGAGAAGGAGACCAAAACGAACACCGGUGGAGGAAAAGGACAUAAGAAAUCAACCGCUGGAGCCGCUGGAGGAGGUACGGCGAGUGCGUCCCACAGCACUUCCCAGAAGCACGGGAAAGCGAACAACACCAAACAGCAACAACCUUCCUCGUCAGCAAUGGCGCCCCAACAACCACCGGGAGCGAAUGCAAACAUGGAGGAACUCGAGCUGGAGACGGAGCAAACGCUGAAGGACAUCAACAAGUGGUUGGAAAAUACGCCCCGCUUUCCCGAGUACAGCUCGGCCAGCAAUUCCCCCUGCCGGUACAUUAUGGACGACUUCGAUCCAGUCCCGGCCGUGAAGAUCGAGCCGGCCGAUUUCCGUAAACCGAUCCCAUUGUCUGCCGUUGCGGGGAGUGAACCGGCAGCAACCGGAGCCGUAGCGAGUCCGCUGCGUGGUGCAAGCCCCGGACUGGCGGCGAUGGCCGCGCCACCAGCGGCCUUUUCUCCCCGGGCCGCUGCUUCGUCCUCAGCGACGGCGAAAUCUGGAAAGGACGGAGGAGGAGGAGCACUAAAGGACACGACCAACAACGCUGCUGGUGGUGGUACUGCGGCUGCCGUUAAGAACCCUUCGCAGCCAACUGCUGGCCACAGCAACAAUAGCACCAGCAGCACCAUCUUGGGACCACCGCCGAUCAUACCUCCACACUCUCAGAAAAAAGAACCCAAAGAACCGAAGCGUAAGACGCUGAAGGAAAAACUUUCCCAGCUGGGAACUGGUCGGAAGGGGCGUGACCUUCACCAGCCUUCACAUCAUCAUCAUCAUCACCAGCAUCACCUGCACCGCACGACCAUCGACCGGUUGCAGCCGGGUAAAACGAAGGGCAACCUCAUCGGGACGAUACAGAAUCUCAACAAGCCGGAGGAACUGUUCCCGGCUGGCGGGGCUGGGGCUGGUGGUAGCAGCGGAGGAGGUGGAGGAGGAGGUGGAGCAUCGGGUGGCGCUGGUGGUAGUGGUGGAACCGGUGCUGGAACAGGAGGGGGCGUGAAGGAGGUGAAAAAUUCGCUCAUCGUUAAGACGGACGAAUCGAAACCGAAGCUUAGCCUCGGUACGGUUCUCAACACCGAAGGGUUUGGUAUUGUGCAGCAGCACAACUUUGCCGACGAUGACGACGACGAUGACGAUGCCGCCGUUGGGAAGGACAAGAAAGACAAGGGUGAUCAGGAGACGGGGGAUGCUGGUGAAGAAAAGGCGUUACAUACCAUCGGUGGCGGGGUGGCUCGAUCUCCCGCGACGAAUUCCACGGAUGGUUCUUUGUCAAAGAAGGACGAUACGAAUGGAAGUAACAUUUCUGGAGCCACGCCCGGUAGUGGCAGCAACUUUGGAGAGCCCGGAAGUGGUUCGUCAACUUCCGCGGACAAAGCGCCGUUUUCAGUGGAUGGGGACGGAAAGUCGAGCAAAGAAGUCGGUGACCCCUCGAAGAAAGAUCCUCAAGGUAAGGUGGGCGGAACGGGUGCGCCGGAUGGCAAGGAUGGGACUAAAUCGGCUUCCGACAAACCAUCCGCCACUCCGAACCUUAGCGCAUGGUUCAAAGCUUUCGGCGCGCCGAAGAAACCGAAAAAAUCGGAAGACAACGACGCCGAAGGCAAAGGUUCACCAUCGUCAGCGAGCGAGAAAGGCAAAGGCAAUGAAAAUAUGCCCGCUUCCUCCGGUACGAUGGAGUCUUCAUCCGCUGGUGGUUUAUCCGGAAUUCCGGGCGUUCCUGGGAGCAGCACUUUGGAGGGAACGGGAAGCUACCCCACGCUUCCCGUCGCGCCCCGACAACGAAAAGCGAGCACGGGAAGUACGGUUAGCGAACGGUCGUCGUACAGUCAGGACCCGGACAGCCCCCGGAUUGGGAUUGACGAGCGUAUCGGUGCGUAUCCGGGCCCCUACCCGAGUCCAAUCGGUGCGUCGCCUAUCAUGACAUCGCCGAAGCUGGACGUUGAGACGCAGAAAAGUCCGUACCAUCCAAUGAACGGUGCCAUCAAGGUUGGCUUCUACCAAGAUACGACGCAAAAAAGUAGCCCAGAGAAGAGCUGCAGCCCGAGGGACCUUCCGUCGCCGUACCCGCAGUACUCUCAGCAUCUCUACACGGCCAACACCGGGGCAGCACCAGGCAGCACAAACACGAGCUCUCUGUACGGAAGUUAUUCGUCGUACGGGGGAGCUGCGUCCGCCCCUUCGGUUCCCUCGUCGGGUGCGUCAGGGUCUUCCGGUGGCGUUGUUAGUGGUGGGAUCAAUCAUCAGCCCACCGGGGGGAUCCCAACCGGCAUCACACCGACCACCGACUUUAAGGGCUACGGAAAGGGCCUUAAGUCUCCGGUCGAUUUCUACGAACAGUACAAACAACCGGCCUCCCAGGAGUCCGACUACAACUCUUCCAUGAGCCCCAGUACAAAUACAAACUCGCCGUAUCACAACCCGGCCUCCUCACCCUACCAGCAGCAGCCGAACUCUCCCGCCUGCUACCAGCAACAGCAGCAACAACAGUCGCAAUCGCAAGCCUCUUCCCCGUACGGUGGUAACAACAACCAGCAGCAACAGCCGAGUCUUGCAUCUCCCGCUUCCUCGGCUGGUGGUGGACCACUUUCACCGUACAACACACCGACCGUUCCGCAUAGUCCUGCCGCCGUGCAAUCGCCUUACAACACGCCGGGUACUGCUGGACAGGGACACUCCCCGUACCAUGCAGCGAACCAGCAGCAACAACAAGCUCCUUCGUCGGCUUCUACAUCCCCGACGUCGUCAUCCUCAACGAACCAAGCGAAGCUGCAGUCUAAACCAAAUACUCCGCUGCACCAAAGUCCCAACUCGCCGUUCUCCCAGUCAAACCAAAGUUCACCUUACUCGCAGCAGGAUCCCAACUCACCGUACUCCCAGCAGGGCGGCCAGCUGUCACCGUUCCAACCGAUGUCACCGAAGCCUACUGCUCCGAACAACGCCGCCAACAACAACGCUGUCAAACUGGCUCCUCCCAUCAUUACACCGCAGCAGGCGGCGGCCGCUGCUGGUGUUAUUCUACCGCCCGAAUCACCACAGUCGGCGUCGACGACGUCGAUGAAUCAGGCUCAGAAUUUGACUGGUGGUGGUUCGUCAUCCAUCGCCACACCGGUCGUAUCGAAUCAACUCAAUUCGCAUCAGUCUCCUUGGGCUCCGAGUCAGUACAAUCCGUACAAUCACGCGAGUGGCGGUGAAGCGGCCCCAUCGAGCGGAGUCUCCGGUGGUGGAAUGAUGCCCUCAAUUCCACCGGCACCGGCACACAUGUCUUCGUCCCAGCAGGGUCACCAUAAUGUACACACACAUCCAACCCCUGCCCAUUCCCAACAUCCGCAGCAGCAUCAUCAACAGCAGCAGCAGCAGCAACAGCAGCAACAGCAACAACAACAACAGCAGCAGCAGCAGCAUCAACAUUCACACCAGCAGCAGCAACACCAACACCAGCAGCAAAGCCAUCAUCAGUCGUCGCAGCAACAGCAUCAUCUCAUGCAGGCAACGGCUCAGCAGCAACAACAAAGCCAUCUGGGAAAUUUGCUAAUGGGAGGCACAAAUAGCCAUGCGUAUGGAAGCACCUACGGUCGUCCGUACGAUUUAAACUCGGCGUCUGCUUCGACAGCUUCGUCAGGUCUCGAACACCAUCAGCAGCAGCAACACCAACACCAGCAGCAUAAUCAUCAUCAACAUCAACAACAGCAUGUCAUCCCCCAUCAUCACCAGCAUCAUAAUCAGCAGCAGCAUCAUCCUAGUCUUAGUGCGAUCAACAACAAGAACAGCCCGAGCACGACGUCCUCGUCCUCCUCGUCCAAGGUACCUGAAAUGAUCAAUCUAGGCUACAGUGAACCGGAAGCGAACACCAGCAACGGUGGAAAACCGCAGGAUGUCCCGAUGAACAUGGAGUCCAUCGGAGGCAAGGAGAAGGCGGAGCCGAAGGACAUUUCCAAGCUGCACGGAGCCUCCUACGACUCGCACAUGUCGAGCAUGGGUGCAAGCAUGGGCUACGGAGCGGCUGCUCCGAUCGAUGUCUCGAUCAGCAAGUCGAAGGCUUACGAUAUGUUCAACCGCGCGGCCACCAUGACGUUCCCGUCCCGGGGCUUCGGUGCACCGGGUAAUGGUGGACCACCACCGACGGCCACCAGUGCGGUGGCAGGUCCAUACGCUGAUCACCAUUCGGCGAGCAGCGUGAACAAAGCGCACGACAUGAGUGGUGGUGGCACGACGACGACGGCGGCGGCUGGUUCCUCGGCUGGUGGAGGCUACAACAUGCCGUCGGCGGCCGGUGGUGGUUCGAAGGGUCCCGAACAGCAGCUCCUACUUCCACGCUACGAUCAACGAAGCCCCCAACAACAAUCGCAACAGCAUCAUCCCCACCUACAGCAAGCCUCCGGUCAGCAGCAACAUCCACAACAAGGUAUUCCCCCCUCAUCGAACAGCUCGGUGCCAUCUACGCAAAACAAUAUGGAUCUCAGCAGUUCCAGUGCACGGUACAACAGCCCAUCGGUGGCGGUAGCCCCGACCUCAUCAUCGUCGGCACUCAUGGAUCCGGCCAUACGAAAUCUCGCCUCCCUUUCCUCACUCUACAAUCCCGAUGAUCGGCUACACGGGGUUCCGGUGGUCGGCGGUGGUGGUGGCCUCGGGUCGGCUUCUAGUGCAACCGGUGGUGGUGGUAGUGGGGUCGGGUUCUACGACAAAGCGAUGCCACCGGCAGCGCACAUGUACGGUAAAAAUCUCCCGCCCCCAUCGUCGUCGUCAGCCGCCGUCGUCGCUGCCGCUUCGUCCGCAUUGCAGCAGAUGUUCAACAACACGAUGGCGGCCAGCACGAUGGCAGCCGCGUACAACGCAAACCGGGAACAACAACAGCAGCAAAGCGCGUCGUCCUAUACACCACCAAACUAUCACCACCUGCAACAGCAGCAGCAACAGCAACGUGCAGAUAUGAUGGCCGCGCAACAAAAAAUGUCCCACAACAGCAAUGUACCUUCCAGUGGUGGUGUCGCACACAACGAGCCACCACCACCAGCGAAACCAAAGCGGACGCGGAAAAAGAAGGACCAAAACCAAGAGCUGCUUGCACAGCAACAGCAGCAACAGCAACAACAGCAAUCGAUGCAUCAUCAGCUCCAUGCAGCACACCAGCAACAACAGCAGCACCAACAGCAACAGCAGCAGCAACAACAACAGCAAGCCCAUCAAGGGUUCCAGUCGUACAGCGGACUGAAGCCGACCAGUGCCUCCGCAACUGGAGCAAUCCCGUCGCAAGCCGUCAGUAACAGUGGCAUGGGAAGUGCGGCAGCGGCUGCCGGUGGAAGCGUUGAGACGUCCGCCAUCUCACUCAAAACAGCGGCCAACGUUGUGCCGGGCAGUGCGUUCAACUUCGGCCCCGGACCGGCCGGACUUGGACUACCGCCGGGCAGUCUGUACGGCGACACCAGUGCCAGCACCUACCUGGAGGAUCCGUAUCGCAAUACCCACAAUCCCUACCCGUACCUUCCGGCCCCAAGCCACCGGGGGACGGCCGCCGGUGCUGCAGCCGCUGCCGGAGCUGGAGUGGCUGACGGCGACAAACAAUCAUCGAGUACGGUAUCGGCGGCAGCAGUUGCCGCGGCGUCAGCCGUCGCCGCCGUCCAUGGGCCCCCUCCGCCGGUUGCGUCUGCGUACCACUCGUUCCUCGCUGGGCAUCACGCGGGGUCACGCUCGUACCAUCUGAUGAACCAGCUUGAUCCGAUCCACCAGCAGUACCUGGUGCGGCAGGAGAUGCAAAUGCUCAACCAUCUGGGCGCACCACCCGGAGCCGCUCCGCCCGGUGCGUACGGACAGCCGGGCUAUCACCAUCCGGCGAUCGGGAUGCACAAACCGUACGACCCGAUGAACAGCAUGAACCGAUCACCCUUCAUCUAACAACGGCAACAACCGUCUCCGUAAAAUAAUGAAGAGCACAUCACACCAACGGACGAGCGACUCGACGUUGUUGGCGGAACUGCGAGGGCCAAGGGACCGUAAGUGUACUGAAUUUAAAGCGACGUCACGACACAACGCGAUAGAGGAGGAGCGUAGAUGUUAAAAAUGUUACGGUUCAAUGUUUUACAAGUAAGACACGGCCAUUUCAGAAUUUAGCGACGCGCCUAAAUUUGAUUUGCGCUACAGACCAAUUCGUGUACAGUUUUCUUCCCAGCUGUUUCUGUUCUACUAUAACAUUUUUAACUGGUUCAGUCUGAUUUGGUUGUAUGAUUUCGUAAGCAUACGUUUGAUCCAAAUAACGACUGGCGAUGUUACAUCGUGCGUGUAAAAAUAACGUUUGUUUGAUUGCCAAAAGAAUCUCUCAUAAUCGCUCUGUUGUAUGCUUUUCGAAUGUAACAACUUUUCUACUUUGGAACAUAAUUUUGUUGUUUGGUCAAAACCAUCAAUUUCUGUUUACUACAGUUAACGUAUUAUUCGCUUUCCUUUGUGCCAGGUCAAAUCACACCUUCUUUCCUUGGUGGUUUCUGUGUACAUGUUCAGAAACAUGUUAAUUCCCCAGUGCCUUUCGAGAAGGGGAACAUAAACCUCGAACUUAAAUGAAAUUUCCUACACUUACGCAUUGACUUUUUGUGUUAGUUUGGUUUUUACUUGACCACCUUUCCACCCUCGUCAUGGACGGGGUGCAUAAAAUGUGUCUACGGAAAGGAAUUUUUGUUGCAUUGUCCUUCAUCGUUCGAUGGUUAGAAGUAUGGUCUUUUUUUGGAAUAUAUCAUUUAACUACAUAAAAAUAAUUAGUUCGUGACUAGGAAAGAUUCGUAAAAAAAAGUGAAAUCGCUUUUGCAGGCAAUGGUUUCACCACUCGCUGAAACGCGACGAGUGGUCAAAUUUGAAAUGAACAACACUCCUCCAAACAAGAGAAGAGGGAUACUUAUGAACAAACAAACGAAAUAUAAGCUAUAAUGAACUGAUCUCUCUUUGUAUGUCCCUGCAAGAGACAAAUUUUUCCACGAACCCUCUUCAAACCACGGUCGGUCCUUGUUUGUUGCAGCGGACAUUGCAGGAACACGCGGGGUGUAUCACAUUCCUAGGAAUUUCAUCGGAUUAGGACACCGAUGAUCCGCAUCAUCAAAUAAAACGACGCACGCUUUCGACCAUUAGCACGCGCACCAUUCAUUUAACAGUAAACAAACAAAACAACAUUAUUUAGUAGUAAAAUAUACUAUAAACAAAUUAACAUUCUAUCAUGAAGGGAAGAACAAAACCAUGCUUGAUAGAAAACGACAACGGACGAAAUGAAACUUCUCGUUUCACGUAGACAUAUAAUCCCUCUUACGCCUUAUUUAUGAACCGAGAACUGUAACUUCCAGUAAGGAUGGAACGCAACCUUACAAAACACAAACAAACAAAAUUUUGUUGUGGUAGAAAUCAAGAUAAUAGUCAUUAAAAAUGAGAAUCUGUAACGGUAAAAUAAGUCAAACGAACGGAGAACAAAACGCGUUAAGAAAGAGAAAAUUUACCGAAUACUUUAGGUGUUGCAUAAUAAUCAAAAUUGAUUAAGAGACCUAUUUAUAUUUGAUCAACUGCUGACGAUGUAUCUGACUAGUGAACAAAGGGAAGUAGCAGUAGAAGUACCUCUCUCGACGCCUCGUGGUCGAUCGUGUGUCCAUCAAGGCAAGACCAGCAAAAAAGCGAAAGGCGGUGCAAUUUUUGUAUACCACUUUAUAUCACGCGAUGGGAGGGAGAUACAAAAAAAAGAAAGCUUCUUUUAAGUGAACACAGCGAUCGUUGUAUUACCAGCGAGCGACGUGUACAUUUAUCCGUCUCCCUUUCGUCACUUCAUCCCCAUCACAAUAUUCAACCCCCUCCCGCGACCAUUAGAGAAAACAUCAAUGUGUGUAUCUGCGUUUAGUAAGGAUAAGGAACGGCGUGUAAAUAGGACAUUUUUAAAACACCACACCAACAGAAGGAACCACUCAUUGCAGGAAAGCGAAAGAGCGCGCGAUCGCGAUUCAUCUCUCAAGUGAAUCUUUUUUUUCGCAUACAUUUAACGAUCGCCUUUCUCCGCCUCCAGCGUAUAUUGCCGGUGCGUAAUACAACCUUAGGAACUUGUUAAUUCUUACGAGAACAAAAGAAAAACGGAAAGAAUAGAUACUACUCUAACCGGCCCCGGUUCGGGUUUAAGUGAGAAGCAAGCGCCCUUAUGCUAAUAUGUAAUGAUAGUCAUUUAACUAUAUCAGUUAUGUGUUUUAAGUAUACUAUUCAUAAACUCAUCAAACAUCGCGCGUGCCCGCGCGCACACUUACACACACACAUACACACACCCAAGACCCCACAUUCAGAGGCACACCGUUUAUUUUCCUUCCAUUGUUUCAGUAAACCAGCUGACAGUGUGUAUCUGAAGCAACAAAAGUAGAAAAUUAGUAUAGUGUAACUAAACGAAAAGCAGAACAAAAUUUAAACAAACUAAACAAUAAAAAAACCUACACGAUACGCAAAGGC